AUGUGCUGGCCGUGGGCGUGGGGCCAAAUCCUCUUGCCAGUUUUCCUCUCCCUCUUUCUCAUUCAGCUGCUUAUCAGCUUCUCAGAGAAUCACUUUUCCCAAAUCUCCAGACAGAGGGGCAAGCAGAGACCAAAAUCUCUGGAUGAUGCAUGUGCUGUAAAGAAAAAUUGUCAAUUGUGCACAGAAGAUAAAAAAUGUUUUUGGUGCAGAGAAGAAAGGGCUUGCAAAAAAAUGUGUUUUCCAUAUUUUGGGUGUCUAUUCAUUUCUGUGUAUUGGUUAAACUAUAGAAUUGACAUAUUUGGAUUCCUGAUGCUUCUAUUUGUCAUAAUAUUAAUUACAGGGCUCAUUUGA